AUGUCGGCGAGGUUGGUCAUACUGGGCGGCGGUGUUCAGUUGUCGGCGUAUGAGGCUCUAGAGCCCGGCGUCUCAGGUGAUAGUGGGGGAUAUCAGGUUGGGAGGUGGCGUGCCUCAGGGAGUCCGCUCUUGGCUGGAUCUGGAGGGCCAGAUUGGCUUCCUCGGUGGCAGAACGUUGCAUCGUUAUCCUCUUGGGGUAACGUGGAGCUCAGGUCAGCGCUCCACGACUCAAAUCGAGAGGGCGCAGUGGCACUCUCGGGUGGCUGCUUGGUUGUGCGCGGCGCGUAA